AUGCAUACAUGGAUUACCCAGAUUGGAGUGCUUGCAAAUUCGGAAAAUCCCGAAAUUGCAAGUCUUUUAGGCUUUUUGAAAAGGGAGCCGGUAAUGCUCCAAACGUUUCAAAGAUUUGUGAGCGAGACGAUAGAGUUCGAAACCUUGCUCAUGACCCGCUUAGAGGAGGCGGAGAGGAGGUUGGAGGAAUUUGAAGGGCGAAAUGCCCCAGAAGAAAUGAAAGAAGGAUCGGCGCUUGAGGAGCCAAGAACAAGAAUGAUCAAAAUUUCGGUUCCAGCCACACACACAACGUUGGAUACAGUGAUUCCGGAAGCAUUUCACCCUGAAGAUUUGGGGGAUCUUCCGGAACAACUUCGAAGGGAGUUAGAAUUACCAGAAGCAGAAUCGUAG